AUGGGUCGUCGAAUCGUCUCCGGCGGCUGUCACCCGGCAGAGCGGAAAAACGGCGACUUUGCGGCUCUCCAGUGGCUGUCACCCGACGGAGAGGAGCUGGAUGGAGGUGGGGCGCGUGUCAGGGAGCUUCAUCCUCAGGUCCGCACAGCAAGAGGAGGCUCUUCAUCGCAUCUAGUACGCUCUCAGGAGGUGGUGACUCGUCUCCUGGCGGAUCGUCCUCUUCCCGAUGACGGCUUGUUCGUCGAUCAAUCGGAGAUGAUUUACUCGAUGGAUUCGCGAUCUUUUUAUCGCGAAUCAUUCAGCAAUUUUAGUAGCAAUGCUCCGCGAAUCGUGUUGACGAGAUUUUCGCCGAUGAUCCAGCGAUUCUCGUUGCUUAAUCCUUCAGCGGCGAUCUGCAGGAAAGUCACGAUAAUCAGAUAAAAAUAUAUGAAUUUUGACUCUAGGAGGAUUCGAACCCGUGCCGGUCGCCCCGCCUCUUCUGAGGAAGGUGUGACGGGGGUUUAGUCCCACAUCGGUUGUGCACCGAUUUUUCGGGCGAAUAUAUAGUAAUGUUAGCUUUGUAAGUAAAGUCUCUUCUCUCGCGUGUACGACCACUCCUUGCCCCACAGCCGGCUGGCCACCGGUGACGUGGAAGGGGAGUGGCGUACACGUGCCCUAUCGGUCCCCAAGCCAAGCCGCUCGAGCCUCUGCUCGCGGCUACUCCCCGACUGCGCUUCCGACCCGCUUGCGGGCUUGGCUGGCCGGCGGGUCUCCCCUCCUUUUGUCUUAUUUUUAUUUCUUUUUCUUCAUUUAUCUCAAAAGCAAGACUGUAAAAAUCAUAUAAAUUUAUGUAAAAUUACAUAAUUACCUAAAAAUUCACAUUAAUCAACUGAAAACAACUUUUCACACUUUGACACAAAUAUAAGUCUAUUUAUCAUGAGUUAAUGCUAAAACUAUAUUAUUUAGUAAUUAUUAACUCAUGAUAAUGAAGGCUUAUCAAAAAUGCAUAAAAAGAAAUGAUAGUUCUCCUCAAGAUAAAUUAUGUGCAUACACACAAAUAGAUCAAGUCCUCAAAUAUCUGCUAGAGACCAGCCAAUCACCUCUCUCUAUGUCCUAAGUACAUCAAGUAAUUUAUUCUCUUAAUCCUUAGACAAAUACUUUAUUAAGGGACUAGCAAUGAUUUAAGUUGGGGGGUGUGAUAAGUCUUCAUUAUCAUGAGUUAAUAAUUAGUAAAUAAUAUAGUUUUAGCCUUAACUCGUGAUAAAUAGACUUAUAUUUGUGUUAAAGUGUGAAAAGUUGUUUUCAGUUGAUUAAUGUGAUUUUUUGGGUAAUUAUAUGAUUUUAUACGAAUUUAUAUGAUUUUUACAGUCUUACUUUUGAGAUAAAUGAAGAAAAAGAAAUAAAACUAAAAUAUUGCAAAAUGGGGGGACCCGCCGGCCAGCUGGACCCGCAAGCGGGUUGGAAGCGUAGUCGGGGAGUAGCCGCGAGCAAGGGCUCGAGCGGCUUGAACCAAUGAUGUUGGCAGAUGUGCACCACUCCCCUUCCACGUCACUAAUGGCCAGCCGGCUGUGGGGCAAGGAGUGGUCAUACACGCGCGCUUGAUCGGGAAUGUAAUAUUACUUUAUAUUCGCCAGAAACUUUGGCACACAAGCGAUGUGGGACUAAACCCGCGUCACCUUCUUUAGAAAGGGCAGGCAACCGGCGCGGGUUUGAAUCCUCCCAGAGCCAAAACUCAUAUUUUUAUCUGAUUAUCGCGACUUUCCUGCAGAUCACCAGUAAAGGAUUAAGCAACCAGAAUCGCUAGAUCAUCGGCGAAAAUCUCGUCAAUGCAAUUCGCGGAGCAUUGUUACUCAAAUUGCUGAAGGAUUCGCAAUAAAAGGAUCGUGAAUCAAUCGAGUAAAUCAUCUCCGAUUGAUCGACGAACAAGCUGUCGUCGGGAAGAGGACAAUCCGCCGGGAGACAACUUGCCACCUCCUAAGAGCGUACCAGAUGCGAUGAAGAGCCUCCUCUUGCUGCGUGGACCUGAGAAUGAAGCUCCCUGACACGCGCCCCAUCUUCAUCCAGCUCCUCUCCGUCGGGUGACAGCCGCCGGAGAGCCGCAAAGUCGCCGUUUUUCCGCUUCGCCGGGUGACAGCCGCCGGAGACGAUUCGACGACCCAUUUCAUUAAUCUCUAGACUUCGUGAGAAGAUCUAGAGAUUGCCCACGUCGUCUUUGUCCAAGGAGAGCCUUCGAGGCCGUGGACACUGCACGACGAUCCUCCCGAACACUCAGAAUUCUUGUACAUCGCUGACGCAUCGCCGCCGCGAUGUCGGAACUCUGUUUUCCUGCUUUCAACUUAAUUUUUGUUUCAUUUAGUGAUAAUUUGUUGAUUUUAAAUUUGCCAACAUAUACUUCAUUUCAUUACGAUUCUUCCGUCUUUUACAGAUCUUAAUUUGAUCAAUUAAAUCAUCUUUAAUCGCUUAGGUAAGAAUCACUAGGCGGAACUCUAUUUCCGCCAAAAUUCGCAUUCGCCGGGCACUGACAUCAUCCUGACGCCUGCACCCUUGUUUCUUGUGAAUUUUAAAUAUAUUUCCUUUUCAUUUCCUAGUAUAAAAUUCAUAGAAAAUCGUAUUCAUUGAGAAACAAGUCUGAAUAAUUAUCAAAUAUUAUAUUACAUCCCUAUGAUCGACUUGGAAAAUUACUGCUAUUUUUGGAAGUUUUAUUGAAUUAUAAUUGAUACAUUUGUUCAGAAAUACUUCUAAAUAUCUAAAAAAUCGUAUUUUCUAGUUUUAUAAAUUUUAAAUUUCCGUGAUUUAAUAUACAAUGAUUGAGUCACGUCAAAUUUUGGCGCCAUUGCUGAGGAUGUAUUACAUAAUAUUUAGUAUUUUUCUGUUUUUCUCUUAGAGUACACAAAAAAAAAUUAACUCUUAUUUUAUUUUCUUUUUGCCGAAUUUUUUUUUUUAGAAAAAGGGAACGAAAAGAACCAAGGCAAGGACUGGAGCAUACUGAAGGAGGGUAACAAUUAAUAAACUUUUCUCUCGAAUUUAUUGAUUUUUUAUGCAUGGUAGAAGAUCCUUACAUCCAAGGCUAGAAAAUCCUUUCAUUAUUUCAUUCAAAACUAAAAAUCCAAAAUAAAAAUUAAUUUUGAUAGAUCUUGAAGAAAGUACAAGUCAAAUUGAGAACAAUCCUAUGGCCAUGAAAAAUUAUUAUAUCCCUGAUUCAUUUCAAAGAGCAUCCAAUAUUAGAGUCCCAUUAGCACCCAAUUUUAAAUUCGAAAUAAAUCUAGGGAUUUUUCAAAUGCUCCUUAAUUUUCAUGGAUUGCCUUUAAAAGAACCUCAUCAGUACUUAAAUAAAUUUCAUAUGGUCUAUGAUUUACUUAAUCUCCCUCAAGUUACACCGGUAAUUAUUAAGAUGAAAUUAUUUCCUCAUACACUUAGGGACAAAGCUAGCCAUUGGCUAUCCACAUUAGAUAGAGAAUUAAUUAACUAGAAAGACAUAGAACAGGCCUUUCUUCGAAAAUUUUAUCCCUUAGGAAAAACUCAAAAUAUGAGAAAACAUAUAUGGAAUUUUUCUCAAAGACUAGGAGAAACUUUACAUGAGACAUGGGAAAUAUUCAAAGAUUUACUUAGAAAGUGUCCUCAUCAUGCUAUACCCAAGUGGCAGCUCAAUAGAAUAUUUUAUGAUGGAUUAUUAGAACAUAGAAAUAUGGUUGAUUCUAUAUGUGGAAGAGCUUUUAUGGAGAAAACCCCUGAUGAGAUUUACAGUCUUUAUGAGAAUUUAAGUGAAAAUUCUAGAGAUCAAGCCUCUUUUGAAUUAUAUGACAGGGAUAAGAAGAGAGGAAUUCAUGAAUUACAUCAUGAUAAUGAUUCUAAAUUUAGAAAUGAGGUUAAUCAGAUUAAUCAAAGAUUAGAAAAACUUGAUUUACUUAUUGACAAUAUUAGAAAGCCUCUUAACCCUCAAUUUAAUUCAAAUAGUACAUGUCCUAUGUAUGGUGAAAAUGAUCACUUCGAAUUUCAAUAUCAUCUUAGGCAAGAACAAGUACAGGUACCCCAUGAUUUUAGUAAAAAUAGGGAAUAUUUUUCUAAUUCUUAUAAUCCUAAUUGGGGGAAUACUUUUUCGUGGAGAAACCCAAAUAAUAUUCAAAAUCUAGAAGUACAUAGAUUCAAUUCAAAUUUUGAAUUUCGUCCAAAAUAGGAACAUAGAUUUCAGAAAAAUCAGCCCUCUCAGACCCAACCUAAUACUAUAGAUAUGAUGCAGCAAAUGAGCCAAAUGAUACAAAAAAUUAUAAAUCAAAUGAUGCUGCACCAGAAACAAAUUAUAGAGGCUCUUAGGAAUAAGAGAGAAGAGGGACAGCUACCUAGUCAGCCCAUAGAAAAUUCAGGAAACUGUCCAACAGUAAGAUUUCAGCAAGGAGAGUCUAGCUGGAUAAAUUUAGAAAAAAACCCACGAAAUGAAAAUUUUAGGUCAGUGAAUACAUAGAGUGAGAAUAUUUUACCUGAUCCUUAUUUCCAAUUAUUAGAAGAAAUUGAUGAGCCAUUAGAAGUAAAUGAGAAUAUUAAUGCUGAAAAUAUAGUACCAGAAAAUUUGAAUAAAAACAUUUAUUACUCACAAUUGAUGAAUGAAUAUAGUGAGGAUGAUGAGGAGAAAGAGCCCUUAGAUGAAAAAACAGCAGUUGAUCAUGAAAAAAUCAUCCAAAUUUUAGUAGAAGGGAGUAUGGACAGAAAUGAAGAAAAACAUAUUUCAGGUGAGGAAAAAUCAGUUGAUUUGGGAGACGUAGGAGACGAAAUUAAUAAAUAUAAUCAUAAUUUUGUAGCCUUGGAUGUUGAUUGUGAGGAUGAUGAUGUAUAUCAUAUACCAAAAUUAAAAGAUAGCUCUUGGGAAGAUGAAGAAUUUGAUGAGUUGAGAAACGAAAAGAUAGAAAAAGAGUUGAUUCAACUAAUGGGGAGAAACGAAAAUAAUGGAUAUGAAUAUAGAGAUAAUUUUGGAAGAAAAAAUUUGAAUUUUACUGAAUUUAUUAGAUCUAAGAUUAAAGAAGACAAUCCUUCCAUCCUUCAAAACCCACAGCCCAUUAGAAUUACUUCUAAGUUUGAAAUAUUUCACUCCUUGCAAAUUGAACAAAUAUGUAUGGAAGAUAAAAUGGGACAGGGGAAGAUUAUGCAGAUAAAACAACACAUUAAGAAAUGGGUGAGUGGAAGAAUUAGAGAUAUCAAUUUAGAUGAAAAAAUUCUAGAUUGGGUAGGAGCUAAUUUGAAAAUUAUAUGGCCUGAUCACAUUUUAUGGUCUAUUAAUAGAAAGUAUUUAUUAAUGAAUGAGAGCCUUACAAAACAAGAUAGAAAUAAGGAAAGAUUCUUUUCAAACUGGAAAUAUUAUUUUUCAGAAAAUUUUGUUAAUUUCCAUUUUGUUUUGGCUGAAAGUAUGUCAAGGUAUAUAUAUGAAGUAUAUGAAUUUAUGCUAAAUCUGAAAAAGAUUAUCAUGAAACUUACCUUGGGAUAAAAAUAUAUUUUGAUGGGCAUAGAUCAUCUUAUAUGAUCUAAGAGCUGUCCAGCUGAAGACAUUAAAUUCAGCGCUGCAUGGGAGGCAACCCAUGGUUUUUAUUUCAUUCUGUUUGAUUUUUUUAAGCUCUAUUUUUCUUAGAAUUUCGCAAUACUUGUUUCUGUAUUUGUUUUUUCGAAAAAGUGCAGGAGGAGUGUAAGACGAAGUGAAAAAUUAAAAACGAGGUUGAGGUGAUGUCUUUCGGAUCUUUAUCAUUUAUGACAACAUUUUUAAUGCUUAACUUUGCAUAUAUGCAUGCUUCACUUGAAAAUUAUAUUUUCUGUAUUUUUUAUUUCAAGUUUUCUGUUUCAUUGAGGACAAUGUAAUUUUUAAGUUGGGGGGUGAAGUAUUCAUUAUUAAUUUAUGCUGUAGGACGAUUAAGAACAUGUGUUUGCAUUAGAACAACAACUGAAAAACUAAAAAAUAAAAUAAAAUUCAGAAAAACUACAACAUCUAUUUUCUGGUUUUCUGUCAGGAACAACAGACUGUCAAAAACAACAAACAAAAAACAGCCCGAAAUUUGAAAUUCUAGAGACCCUUUUCUCACAUUUCAAUCCCUUAGACAUAUAUUACUGAAAUUCGAAAUUACAGCUAUAAAGAGGAUAGUUUUGAUUUAUUUUUGACAAAUUUAUUGUUGCUAAAAACAGAACUAAAAAUAGAAAAUAGAAUUGUCAGAACUAUCUAAUUUACAAAUUUCUUACAUCAUAUUGCAUGCAUGAAAAAUUAAAUCAAUUAGAUUGAUUGAUACCAAAAGAUACUAGGAAGAUUAUUAUUCAGUCAAAAGAAUGAUCUAGUAGCAUGAAAUGUUGGAAUACUCCUUGGAUACAUGAUAGAUAACAUGGAUUUGAUUUUACAGAUUUUCACUUCAUGAUCUUGAUGGAUAGUAUUUACUUGAUUUGAAAAUUUGAUUGAUCAUUUGAGUUUUAAUAAAGAUUUUUGCACCCUGAUCUAUAGGACUUAUGAGGAGAAAUCACUUAUUUUGAAAAAAAAAAAGAGAGAGAGCAAUGUGAAAAAUCUAGAAACGAAGAGUACACAUGGAGGGUGUGAGACAUUAUUCUCAUUGUCGAAAAUCGUGUAUAGAAAAACACUUGCUGUAAAAUAAGUGGAUAAAGUGAAAGCCCUGAAAAUUAAGAGUACAUAUGGAGGGUGUGAGACAUCAUUCUCAUUGUCGAAAUUUGUCUACAUGAAAAGCUACUUAUCCACUAUAAAAGAAGGAAGAAAUAUAGUGCAAACUUCAAAAAUCAAGCCAUGAAAAAAGGGAAAUGUAGGAUCAAUAUUAUUCUUGGAUGAUUAUUGAUAAUUGGAACAUCUUGUAAAUAUAUAUAUGAGUGAAGAAGUGAAGUGAUAAAGAUGUGAAUAGAAGAAGUGAAGUCUAGAUUGUUAUUCCAAGGAGUGCUUAAACAUUUAAGUGCUUGACAUCACCCGCUCCUCUUUUACGUUCUGCCAUUAGGUACGGAUCUCCAAUUACAUUUCUCUCUGGGGUCUGACGUAAAUUGUGCCAAUUUCUGUUCACGAUGUCCAUUGAAAUGUCGUCGAAUCCGUGUGGGCCACGUGUCCCACAUCUGCUUAAGUCUCAUGCUAACUCGUCGGUUCUGCUUCCACUGUCGACCUGUUGAUGGUUUAACUUUUAGCCUCUGAAUAUUCCGGCCCAUUGGGUCACUUGGCUCGGCCCAGCCCAACUCAUUCUGAUUUUCUUUUAUUUUAGACCUUUAUUAAUUCCUAAAAAAUAUCAAAAACUCUUAGAAAUUAUGAGAAAUUCUAGAAAAAUUCAGAAAAUCCAGAAUAAAUUCUAUAAAAUCCUAAAACUCACAUAAAAAAUAUUUCAUGCAUAAUUAUUUAAAAUUAAUUAUCUUAAAAUAAUAUUAAAAAUAUUAAAAUGCAUGUUUAUGUAUGAAUGAAAUCUGAAUACGUACGAAUUAAAUGUAACAUGUAUUAUUUCUAUUAAUUUUAUGCACUAAAUAUUGAUAAAUAUAAGGUAAAUACAGAUAAUGAAGACUUAUCAACCACAACAUAAUAACUAGACUAAGAUGAUCUAGUUCAAUCGUUUUCGUCCACAAUAUACUAUCAUUAGCCAUUUAUUGUCGCACCACAUACCCAUGAAUACAACCUAAAACUCCUUCAUACUUCAAAGAAUAAUGAUCAUGGUAAAGAAUUCACCUAUCUUUUUUUCAUGAGAUCCACACCCCUAAUCUAGAGAAGGUAAACUUUUCUAAUUGACUUACCCUUUCAAAGGAGCAUUAGGCUUUGUUCGUUUAAGCAUACGUGUUUGUGCAAUAAUCAAUGCAGAAAAAGUUUUAAAAUAUUCAUAACAUUUUUGAAUUUUUUUUGUUCUCCCCCCUACUUGAAUGAUGCAUUAUCUCUAAUGCAUGCAAAUGAAGGAAGAGAUAACCUCCCUCCUACUUAAGUCUUGCAUUGUCCUUAAUGCAUGUGAGAGAAGGGAAAAGAGAAGAAAAUUCUGAUUUUUAUGCCCCAUCUACUACACCAUUGCCCCUGAAUGGUUCUAACUAAAGCACUCGACCAAUAAAAUAUGUCUAAAAAAAAAGCUAGAAAGGAAAUGCAUAAAAAGAAAUGAUAGUUCUCCUCAAGAUAAAUUAUGUGCAUACACACAAAUAGAUCAAGUCCUCAAAUAUCUACUAGAGACCAGCCAAGCACCACUCUCUAUGCCCUAAGUACAUCAAGUAAUUUAUUCUCUUGAUCCUUAGACAAAUACGAUGAUAUAAUCAUUGGAUAAGCUUGAUGUUAAUCAAAAAAUGCAUACUUUAGUGAAGAUGGUUGAUAAGUCUUCAUUAUCAUGAGUUAAUAAUUAAUUAAUAAUAUAGUUUUAAUCUUAACUCAUGAUAAAUAGACUUAUAUUUAUGUCAAAUUAUGAAAAAUAGUUUUUAGUUGGUUAAUUUGGCUAAUUAUGGGAUCUUGUGUGAAUUUAUAUAAUUUUUAUAAUCUUAUUUUUGAGGUAAAUGAAGACAAAAAAAAUAAAAAGAUAGAAGAAAGAGAAAACUUGCCACCUAGUCGAGCCCACAAGUAGGUUGGAAGCAUAGACAAGCGGAAUCGUGAGUAAGGGCUUGAGCGGCUAAAGACAGACUGAUAGGGGACACAUGUGCAUCACUCCCCUUCCACAUCAUCAAUGGCUAGUCGGGCAUGUGACAAAGAGCGGCCGUACACAUGUGAGAAAGGGACACAUUGAUUAUCAAGUCUAGUAUUACUAUAUAUCAACCUCAAAACUCGGCAUAUAAUAAAAUGUGGGACUAAACGUGGGGUCAUAGUCUCCGAAAAGUUUUAAUAAUUUUAAUACCUAAAAUAUCCCUUGUUUAGUAAACCACACAAAUUUAAAAUUUAUAAAACUAGAAAAUACUAAUUUUUAGAUAUUUAGAAGUAUUUUUAAAUAAUUAUAUCAAUUAUAAUUUAAUCAAAGUUCUAAAAAUAGUGGAAAGUUUCUAGGUCAAUCACAGGGAUGUAAUAUAAUAUCAAGUAAUAUUUCAGAAAUGUUCUCAAAGAAUAUGAUUUUUUAUGAAUUUUAAACUAAAAAUCAAUAAAGAAAAUAUAUUUAAAAUUUGUGAAAAAGGGAAAUAAAGGUGUAGAUGUCAAGAUGAUGUCAGCACCUAACGAAUGCGAACCAGGCAGAAGUAGAAUUCUGCCUGGUGAUUUUUACAUAAGCGAUUAUAGACGAUUUAAUUAGUCAAAUUAAGAUCUGUAAAAGCUAGAAGAAUCAUUACAAGAAGUAUUUUGCAAGCCUUGUUGAUCCUAAUUUCACAUGUGGAAGCCCCACGAAAUCAGCUAAGGCGCUACUACGAUUUUUAUUUUAUUUUUUCUAGUGUAAUCUUUACCAUGUUCUAUCCUUUUCUCUCAAGUUUAAUCAUGAUUAAUGAUUUUUAAAAGCAUUAACUAAUUUGAAAACUUUUCAACCGACUACUGAUCAAGAAAGAGAAGGAUUCAAUUUACUACUCAUAGUUAAUAAUAAGAAUUCAUAACAUAAAUCCGGCAGAAGAUCAAAGUAGAUUUUCUCAAUUUAAGAGUGUGGGUUAUAUGCACCGUGAAAGAUCAUGAACUUCAUCAUUUAGUUAUAAGCAUUAUAGCACCUGAUGUAAUCUCAUGUAUUCACCCUCAUGCAUUUAUUCUUCCCCCCCAAACAACCAUUCGCAUUGUCCUUAAUGCAUCUAUAUAAGAGAAAAAGGAGAAAGCAUUAAAUGUGCAAACUGAUUUUCACUCUUCAUCCUUCUGAUUUUCUUUUGUAUUAAUCCGUGUCAUGAUAUGCACUUCCUCUAGAACGCUGGAUCUGUUCGCUUAAUAAAAACUCAAGAGAAACAUCAAAGGAUAGAGAAAAAUAAUAAAAAGGGAAUGUAGUGGAAAAGAAAGCUAUGCCAUCUUAGAGUACAUGAUGGAGGGGAAGUUAUAAGAAGAUUGAGGUUCAAUGGAUGGAUCAUAUAAUUGAGUGCAAAUGGGUAAAGAAGGAGGGUUCGUUUCUAAAUAAGGUUUUAAUCUUUGCCCAUUCACAUUAAAAUUUUUACCAGUUUUUAGAUCUGCAAUUAAUACUGCACCACAGUCAAAAACUUUAAUCACAAGGUAUGGUCCAUCCCAUCUAGAUUUUAAUUUCUCGAGGAAUAGUUUCAAUCGAGAAUUGUAAAGCCCCUCUUUUUGAUGCUCAUGAAAACUCUUUCUGCUCACCUUCUUGUUAUAAAAAGCCUUCAUUUUUGCUCUGUAAAUCAGAGACUUCUCGUACAUCUCAUUGGGUAGUUCUUGAAGCUCUUGCAACUACAACAUACGGUGCUUACCUACGGCGUCUAAAGAGAGAUUAAGAUUCUUUAUAGCCUAAUAAGCCUUAUGUUCGAUCUUCAUAGGAAGGUGACAAACCUUUUGAUGCGACUUAGUCGUUGUAUUGUAAAUCAUGUAAAUUUAAAAAUUAUAAAACUAGAAAAUACUAAUUUUUAAAUAUUUAGAAAUAUUUCUGAACAAAUAUAUCAAUUAUAAUUUAAUAAAAUUUACAAAAAUAGUGGUAAUUUUCUAAGUCGAUCAGAAGGAUAUAAUAUAAUAUUGGGUAAUUUUUUAGUAUUUUCCUCAAAGAAUAUAAUAUUUUCUGAAUUUUAUACUAAGAAAUGAAAAUAAAAUCUAUUUAAAAUUCGUGAAAAAAGGAAAUAAGGGUGCGGAUGUUAGGCUGACGUCAGCAUCUAACAAAUGCGAAUCAUCAGAAACAGAGUUCCACCUAGUGAUUCUUACGUAAGCGAUUACAAAUGAUUUAAUUGAUCAAAUUAAGAUCUGUAAAAGGCGGAAGAAUCGUAAUUGAAUGAAAUAUAGUUUGGUAAAUUUAAAUCACACAAAUUAUCAGUAAUGAAGUACAAAUUAAGUUGAAAGUAGAAAAAUAAAGUUCUAGCAUCGCGACGGUAAUCUAUCGACGAUGCACGGAAAUUCUGAGCAUUCGGGAAGAUUGUCGUGUAGUGUCCACGGCCUCGAAGGCUCUCUUUAGACAAGGAUGACAUGGGCAAUUUGAAGAUAUCCUUGCGAAGUCUAGAGAUCAAUGAAAUGGGUCGUCGAAUCGUCUCUGGUAGUUGUCACUCAGCGGAGUGGAAAAAUGAUGACUUUGUGGCUCUCUAGUGGCUGUCACUAACGUGACUUAGUCAUUGUAUAUUAAAUCACGUAAAUAUAAAAUUUAUAAAACUAGAAAAUAUGAAUUUUCAGAUAUUUAAAAGUAUUUUUGAACAAAUAUAUCAAUUAUAAUUCAAUAAAACUUUCAAAAAUAGUAGUAAUUUUCCAGGUUGAUCACAGGGAUGUAAUAUAAUAUUUGGUAAUUAUUCAGAAUUGUCGGCAAAGAAUACUAUUUUCUAUGAAUUUUAUACUAAGAAAUGAAAAGAAAAUAUAUUUAAAAUUCACAGAAAAAGGAAAUAAGGGUGCAGAUGUCAGGAUGACGUCAGCACCCGGCGAAUGCAAAUUGGGCAAAAAUAGAGUUCCGCCCGGCGAUUCUUACGUAAGCGAUUACAGAUGAUUUAAUUGAUCAAAUUAAGAUCUGUAAAACCGGAAGAAUCGUAAUUGAACGAAGUAUAUUUUGAUAAAUUAAAAUCACACAAAUUAUCACUAAAUGAAGCGUAAAGUAAGGUGAAUGCAUGAAAAUAGAGUUCUGGCGUCGCAGCGGUGAUACGUCGGCAAUGCACCAGAAUCCUGAGUGUUCAGGAGGAUAGUCAUGCAGUGUCCAUGGCCUUGAAGGCUCUCCUUGGACAAGGACAAUGUGGGUAAUCUCUAGAUCUCCUUGCAAAGUCUAGAGAUCAAUGAAAUGAGUCGUCGAAUCAUCUCCGGCGGCUGUCACCGGGUAGAGUAGAAAAACGGCGACUUUGUGGCUCUCCGAUGGCUGUCACCUGACAGUGAGGAGCUAGAUGGGGGUGGGGUGCGUGUCAGGGAGCUUCAUCCUCAAGUCCGCGCAGCAAGAGGAGGCUCUUCAUCGCAUCUAGUAUGCUCUCAGGAGGUGGCGACUUGUCUCUCGGCGGAUCAUCCUCUUCCCGAUGACGGCUUGUUCAUCGAUAAAUCAGAGAUGCUUUACUUGAUGGAUUCACGAUCCUUGUAUUGCGAAUUGACGUGACUCAGUCAUUGUAUAUUAAAUCAUGCAAAUCUAAAAUUUAUAAAACUAGAAAAUACGAUUUUUCAGAUAUUUAGAAGUAUUUCUGAACAAAUGUAUCAAUUAUAAUUCAAUAAAACUUCCCCAAAUACUAGUAAUUUUCUUGGUCGAUCACAAUGAUGUAAUAUAAUAUUUGGUAAUUAUUCAGAUUUUUUCUCAAUGAAUACAAUUUUCUAUAAAUUUUAUACUAGGAAAUGAAAAAGAAAUAUAUUUAAAAUUCACGAAAAAAGGAAAUAAGGGUGCGGACGUCAGAAUGACGUUAGUGCCCGACGAUCGCGAAUCGGGAAAAAACAGAGUUCCACCCGGUGAUUCUUAUGUAAGCGAUUACAGACGAUUUAAUUGAUCAAAUUAAGAUCUGUAAAAGCCAGAAGAAUCGUAAUUGAACGAAGUAUAUUUUGGUAAAUUAAAAUCACACAAAGUAUCACUAAAUGAAGCGUAAAUUAAGUUGAAAGCAAGAAAACAGAGUUCCGACAUCGUGGCGGCGAUGCGUCGGCGAUGCAUCGGAAUCGUGAGCGUUUGGGAGGAUUGUCUUGUAGUGUCCACAGCCUCGAAGGCUCUCCUUGGACAAAGAUGACGUGGGCAAUCUCUAGAUCUCCUUGAGAAGUCUAGAGAUUAAUGAAAUGGGUCGUUGACUCGUCUUCGGCGGCUGUCACCUGGCGGAGCGGAAAAACGGCAACUUUGCGGCUCUUCGGCGAUUGUCACCCGACGGAGAGGAGCUGGAUGGAGGUGGGGCGCAUGUCAAGGAGCUUCAUCCUCGGGUCUGCGCAGCAAGAGGAGGCUCUUCAUUGCAUCUGGUACGCUCUCAAGAGGUGGCGACUCGUCUCCCAACAAAUCGUCCUCUUCCUGACGACGGCUUGUUUGUCGAUCAAUCGGAGAUGCUUUACUCGAUGGAUUCCCGAUCCUUUUAUCGUGAAUCGUUCAGCAUGUUUAGUAACAAUGCUCCGCGAAUCGUGUUGACGAGAUUUUCACCGAUGAUCCAACGAUUCUAGUUGCUUAAUCCUUCACUGGCGCUCUGCAAGAAAGUCGCGAUAAUCAAAUAAAAAAUAUGAGUUUUGCCUCUGGGAGGAUUCGAACCCGCACCGGUUGCCUGCCCUUUCUGGGGAAGGUGACGCGGGUUUAGUCCCACAUCGGUUGUGCGCCAAAGUUUCUGGUGAAUAUAAAGUAAUAUUACAUUCCCGAUCAAGCGUGCGUGUACGACCACUCCUUGCCCCACAGCCGACUGGCCACCGGUGACGUGGAAGGGGAGUGGCGUACACGUUCCCCCAUCGGUUCAAGCCGCUUGAGCCCCUGCUUGCGGCUAUUUCCUAACUGCGCUUCCGACCCGCUCGCGGGUCUGGCUGGCCGGCGGGUCCCCCCAUUUUGCAAUAUUUUUUGUUUUAAUUCUUUUUCUUCAUUUAUCUCAAACGUAAGACUGUAAAAAGCAUAUAAAUUUGUAUAAAAUCACAUAAUUACCUAACAAAUCACAUUAAUCAACUAAAAACCACUUUUCACACUUUAACACAAAUAUAAGUCUAUUUAUCAUGAGUUAAGGCUAAAACUAUAUUAUUUACUAAUUAUUAACUCAUGAUAAUGAAGACUAAUCACGAAUUGUUCAGCAAUUUUAGUAACAAUGCUCUGCGAAUCGCAUUGACGAGAUUUUCACCGAUGAUCCAGCAAUUCUGGUUGCUUAAUCCUUCACCAACGAUCUACAGGAAAGUCGCGAUAAUCAGAUAAAAAAGAUGAGUUUUGGCUCUGGGAGGAUUCGAACCCACGGUGGUUGCCCCGCCCCUUUUGAAAAGGUGACACAGGUUUAGUCCUACAUCGGUUGUGCGUCAAAUUUUCGGACGAAUAUAUAGUAAUGUUAGAUUUCUAAGCAAGUCCCUUUCUCACACGUGUAUGACCACUCCUUGCCCCACAGCCGGCUGGCCACCGAUGAUGUGGAAGGGGAGUGGCGCACACGUGCCCCCAUCGGUUCAAGCCGCUCGAGCCCCUGCUCGCGGCUACUCCCCGACUACACUUCCGACCCGCUUGCCCCGACUGGCUGGCAGGUCCCCCGAUUUUGCUAUAUUUUUAUUUUAAUUUCUUUUCCUUUAUUUAUCUCAAAAGUAAGAUUGUAAAAAUCUUAUAAACUCACAUAAUUACCUAAAAAAUCACGUUAAUCAACUGAAAACCACUUUUCACACUUUAACACAAAUAUAAGUCUAUUUAUCAUGAGUUAAGGUUAAAACUAUAUUAUUUACUAAUUAUUAACUCAUGAUAUUAAAGACUUAUCACACCCCCCAACUUAAAUCAUUGCUAGUCCCUUAGCAAUGGAAUUACGAAAAUAAAAAUUUACAAAUCUCAAACAUCAUAUUUCAAUAUAGAAAGAAAAAAAAUACAAUUAGAAAUGAUGCACCUUUAGACACUUUGGACUCUUAUAUCAAGUAUUUAAGAAUGAUGUCAAGCACUUAGAUGUUUAAGUACUCCUUGGAAUAACAAUCUAGACUUCACUUCUUGUAUUCACAUCUUUAUCACUUCUUCACUCAUAGAUAUAUUUACAAGAUGUUCCAAUUAUCAAUAAUCAUCUAAGAAUAAUAUUGAUCCUACAUUUCCCUUUUUCCAUGGCUUGAUUUUUGAAGUGUGCACUAUAUUUCUUCCUUCUUUUUUUUUGAUAUAUAUAGUGGAUAAGUAGCUUUUCCUGUAGACAAAUUUUGACAAUAAGAAUGAUGUCUCACACCCUCCAUGUGUACUCUUCAUUUUCAGGGCUUUCACUUUAUCCACUUAUUUUGCAGUAAGUGUUUUUCUAUACAUGAUUUUCGACAAUGAGAAUAAUGUCUCACACCCUCCAUGUGUACUCUUCGUUUCUAGAUUUUUCACAUUGCUCCCUCUUUUUUUCAAAAUAAAUGAUUUCUCCUCACAAGUCUUAUAGAUCUGGGUGCAAAAAUCUCUAUUAAACUCAAAUGAUCAAUCAAAUUUUCACAUCAAGUAAAUACUAUCCAUCAAGAUCAUGAAGUGAAAAUCUGUAAAAUCAAAUCCAUAUUAUCUAUCAUGUAUCCAAGGAGUAUUCCAACAUUUCAUGCUACGAGAUCAUUCUUUUGACUCAAUAAUAAUCUUCCUAGUAUCUUUUGGUCAAUCAAUCUAAUUGAUUUAAUUUUUCAUGCAUGCAAUAUGAUGUAAGAAAUUUGUAAAUUAGAUAGUUCUGACAAUUCUAUUUUCUAUUUUUAGUUCUAUUUUUAGCAACAAUAAAUUUGUCAAAAAUAAAUCAAAACUAUCCUCUUUAUAGUUGUAAUUUCGAAUUUCAGUGAUAUAUGUCUAGGGGAUUGAAAUGUGAGAAAAGGGUCUCUAGAAUUUCAAAUUUCAGGCUGUUUUUUGUCUGUUGUUCCUAACAGAAAAUCAGAAAAUAGAUAUUGCAGUUUUUAUGAAUUUUAUUUAUUAUUUUUUUUUUCAGUUGCUGUUCUAAUGCAAACACAUGUUCUUAAUCAUCCUACAGCAUAAAUUAAUAAUGAAUACUUCACCCCCCAACUUAAAAAUGACAUUGUGCUCAAUGACACAGAAAAUAAAAACAGAAUAUGUAGAAAAUAUAAUUUUCAAGUGAAGCAUGCAUAUGUGCAAAGUUAAGCAUUAAAAAUAUUUUCAUAAAUGAUAAAACUCAGAAAGACAUCACCCCAACCUCGUUUUUAAUUUUCCACUUCAUCUUACACUCCUCCUCCUGCACUUUUUCGAAAAAACAAAUAUAGAAACAAGUACUGCAAAAUUCUAAGAAAAAUAGAGCUUAGAAAAAAAUCAAACAGAAUGAAAUAAAAACCAUGUGUUGCCUCCCAUGUAGCACUAGAUUUAAUAUCUUCAGCUGGACAGCUCUUAGAUCAUAUAAGAUGAUCUAUGGCCAUCAAAAUAUAUUUGUAUCCCUAGGUAAGUUUCAUGAUAUUCUUUUUCAGAUUUAGCAUAAAUUCAUAUACUUCAUAUAUAUACCUUGACAUACUUUCAGCCAAAAAAAAAUGGAAAUUAACAAAAUUUUCCCAAAAAUAAUAUUUCCAUUUUGAAAAGAAUCUUUCCUUAUUUCUAUCUUGUUUUGUAAGGCUCUCAUUCAUUAAUAAAUACUCUUUCUAUUAAUAGACCAUAAAAUGUGAUCAGGCCAUAUAAUUUUCAAAUUAGCUCUUACCCAAUCUAAAUUCUUUUCAUCUAAAUUGAUAUCUCUAAUUCUUCCACUCACCCAUUUCUUAAUGUCUUCUUUUAUCUACAUAAUCUUCCCCUGCUCCAUUUUAUCUUCCAUACAUAUUUGUUCAAUUUGCGAGGAGUGAAAUAUUUCAAGCUUAGAAAUAAUUCUAAUGGGCUCUGGGUUUUGAAUGAUGGAAGGAUUACCUUCUUUAAUCUCAAAUCUAAUGAAUUCAGUAAAAUUCAAAUUUUCUCCUCCAAAAUUAUCUCUAUAUUCAUAUUCAUUAUUUUCGUUUCUCUCCAUUAGUUGAAUUAACUCUUUUUCUAGUUUUUCAUUUCUCAACUCAUCAAAUUCUUCAUCUUCCCAAGAGCUAUCUUUUAAUUUUGGUAUAUGAUAUACAUCAUCAUCCUCACUAUCAACAUCCAUGGCUGCAAAAUUAUGAUUAGGUUUAUUAAUUUUGUCUCCUACAUCUCCCAAAACAACUGAUUUUUCCUCACCUGAAAUAUGUUUCUCUUCAUUUCUGUCCUUACUCCCUUCUACUAAAAUUUGGAUGAUUCUUCCAGCUGCUAUUUCUUCAUCUAAAGGCUCUUUCUCCUCAUCAUCCUCACUAUAUUCAUUCAUCAAUUGUGAGCAAUAAAUGAUUUUAUUCAAAUUUUCUGCUAUUAUAUUUCUAGCCUUAAUAUUCUCAUUUACUUCUAAUGGCUCAUCAAUUUCUUCUAAUAAUUGGAAAUAAGGAUUAGGUAAAACAUUCUCACUCAAUGUAUUCACUGUCCUAACAUUUUUAUUUCGUGGGUUUUUUUCUAAAUUUAUCCAGCUAGACUCUCCUUGCUGAAAUCCUACUAUUGGACAGUUUCCUGAAUUUUCUAUGGGCUGACUAGGUGGCUGUCCCUCUUCUCUCUUAUUCCCAAGAGUUUCUAUAAUUUGUUUCUAGUGCAGCAUCAUUUGAUUCAUAGUUUGUUGCAUCAUUUGGCUCAUUUGCUGCAUCAUUUCCAUAGUAUCAGGUUGGGUUUGAGAGGGCUGAUUUUUUUGAAAUCUGUUUUCUUGUUUUGGACGAAAUUCAGAGUUUGAAUUGGGUCUAAGUGCUUCUGAAUUUUGAAUAUUAUUUGGGUCUCUUCAUAAAAAAUUAUUCCUCCAAUUAGGAUUAUAAGAAUUUGAAAAAGGUUCCCUAUUUCUAUUAAAACCGUGAGCUACUUGCACUUGUUCUUGCCUAGGGUGAAAUGAUUGAUCUAAAUUAUAGUAUUGAAAUUUAGAAUAAUCAUUUUCACCAUACAUAGGACAUGUACUAUUUGAAUUAAAUUGAGGGUUAAGAGGCUUUCUAAUAUUGUCAAUAAGUAGAUCAAGUUUUUCUAAUCUUUGAUUAAUCUGAUUAACAUCAUUUCUCAAUUUAGUCAUCAUGAUGCAAUUCAUAAAUUCUUCUCUUCUUAUCCUUGUCAUAUAAUUCAAAAGAGGCUUGAUCUCUAGAAUUUUCACUUAAAUUUUCAUAAAGACUGUAAAUCUCAUCAGGGGUUUUCUCCAUAAAAGCUCCUCCACAUAUAGAAUCAACCAUAUUUCUAUGUUGUUCUAAUAAUCCAUCAUAAAAAAUUCUAUUGAGCUGCCACUUUGGUAUAGCAUGAUGAGGACACUUUCUAAGUAAAUCUUUGAAUUUUUCCCAUGUCUCAUGCAAAGUUUCUCCUGGUCUUUGAGAAAAAUUCCAUAUAUGUUUUCUCAUAUUUUGAGUUUUUCCUAAGGGAUAAAAUUUUCGAAGAAAGGCCUGUUCUAUGUCUUUUCAGCUAGUUAAUUCUCUAUCUAAUGUGGAUAACCAAUGGCUAGCUUUGUCCCUAAGUGUAUGAGGAAAUAAUUUCAUCUUAAUAAUUUCCGGUGUACCUUGAGGGAGAUUAACUAAAUCAAAAACCAUAUGAAAAUUUUCUAAGUGCUGAUAAGGUUCCUCUAAAGGCAAUCUAUGAAAAUUAGGGAGCAUUUGAAAAAUUCCUAGAUUUAUUUCGAAUUUAACAGUGGGUGCUAAUGGGACUCUAAUAUUGGAUGCUCUUUGAAAUGAAUCAGGGAUAUAAUAAUUUUUCAUGGCCAUAGGAUUAUUCUCAGUUUGACCUGUACUUUCUUCAAGAUCUAUCAAAAUUAAUUUUUUUCUUUCGGAUUUUUAGUUUUGGAUGAAAUAAUAGAAGGAUUUUCUAGCCUUGGAUGCAAGGAUCUUCCACCAUGUAUAAAAAAAAUCAAUAAAUUCGAGGGAAAAAAGUUUAGUAAUUGUUACCCUCCUUCAGUAUGCUCCAGUCCUUGCCUUGCUUCUUUUCGUUCCCUUUUUCUAAAAAACAAUUUCGGCAAGAAAAAAAUUAAACAAGAGUUAAUUUUUUUUUUUUUGUACUUUAAGAAAAAAACAGAAGAAUACUAAAUGUAUGCAAUACAUCUCCGGCAAUGGCGCCAAAAUUUGAUGUGACUUAGUCGUUGUAUAUUAAAUCACGCAAAUAUAAAAUUUAUAAAACUAGAAAAUAUGAAUUUUCAGAUAUUUAGAAGUAUUUCUGAACAAAUAUAUCAAUUAUAAUUCAAUAAAACUUCCAAAAAAACACUAAUUUUCCAGGCCAAUCACAAGGAUGUAAUAUAAUAUCUGGUAAUUAUUCAGAAGUUUUGCAAAGAAUACUAUUUUCUAUGAAUUUUAUACUAGGAAAUGAAAAGGAAAUAUAUUUAAAAUUCACGGAAAAAGAAAAUAAGGGUGCGGACGUCAGGAUGACGUCAGCGCCUGACAAAUGCGUAUCAGGCGGAAACAGAGUUCUACCCGACGAUUCUUAGGUAAGCGAUUACAGAUGAUUUAAUUGAUCAAAUUAAGAUCUGUAAAAGCCGGAAGAAUCGUAAUUGAACGAAGUACAUUUUGGUAAAUUAAAAUCACACAAAUUAUCACUAAAUGAAGCGUAAAGUAAGGUGAAAGUAGGAAAGCAGAGUUCCAGCAUCGCGGCGGUGAUGCAUCGGCAAUGCACUGGAAUUCUGAGCAUUCAGGAGGAUAGUCGUGUAGUGUCUACAGCCUUGAAGGCUCUCUUUGGACAAGGACGAUGUGGGCAAUCUCUUGAUCUCCUUGCAAAGUCUAGAGAUCAAUGAAAUGGGUCGUCAAAUCAUCUCUAACGGCUAUCACCCGGCGGAGCGGAAAAAGGGCGACUUUGCGACUUUGCUGUUACCUGACAGAGAGGAGCUGGAUGGAGGUGAGGCGCGUGUCAAGGAGCUUCAUCCUCAAGUUCGUGCAGCAAGAGUAGGCUCUUCAUCGCAUCUGGUAUGCUCUCAGGAGGUGGCGACUCAUCUCCCGGCGAAUUAUCCUCUUCCCGACGACAGCUUGUUCGUCGAUCAAUCGGAGAUGCUUUACUUGUUGGAUUUGCGAUCCUUUUAUCGUGAAUCGUUCAACAAUUUUAGUAACAAUGCUCCGCGAAUUGCGUUGACAAGAUUUUCGCCGAUGAUCCAGCGAUUCUUGUUGCUUAAUCCUUCCGCGGUGAUCUGAAGGAAAGUCAUGAUAAUCAGAUAAAAAAAUAUGAGUUUUGGCUUUGUGAGGAUUCGAACCCACGCCGGUUGCCCCACCCCUUCUAGGAAGAUGACGCGGGUUUAGUCUCACAUCGGUUGUGCGUCGAAUUUUCAGACGAAUAUAUAUUAAUGUUAGAUUUCUAAGCAAGUCCCUUUCUUGCGCGUGUACGACCACUCCUUGCCCCACAGCCGGCUUGCCACCAGUGACGUGGAAGGGGAGUGA